GUCAUUUAGAGCUCUCGAGAUGAGAUUUUGCUGCGCGGGAAGAGCCUGACUCGAUCGCCAUUUCUCCUCCCUUACAGACGACGGCCGACCUCAUCCCACAUAUCUUUGUCAAGGCGACAAAGAAGAGGUAGCCAAGUCGGAGAACUUCUCCUCACAAUCGUUCGCCACUUGUCCGUCUAUAUCAGUGACACCCUGUUUAAUCAACCCCCGAGAGCGAGAGCACGUCAGUCUCAUCUCCGUCCUUAUAUCCGAUGCAACCUCCACCUGCGUGCCGGCGGAGUGCCACCAUUUCCCCGCUUUGUGCGAGACUACUUAUACUUUCACCUCGCCAUGCUCGAACGCCUUACUUCUCGCCAAUAUCAUACUCACAAGUGAGCUGUCAACAUGUCAUCCUCGUCAUCGCAGAAGACCCUCUUUCUCGUAGGUCCCGGCCUCAUCGGCGGCUCCCUUCUGGUGAAGCUCAAGGAGGUACGUCCCGACCUCAAGCUGCAUGCUCUCACUCGCCGCAAAGAGCAAGCCGAUUCCCUCUCCUCGCUCGGCAUCAGUCCCAUCCUGGGCUCUUUAGAGGACCACGACGUCAUUGCCGAAUGGGCUGCCAAGUCGGACAUUGUCAUUCACGCCGCCUCGGCCGAUGAUGAUAAGGGCGCCUUUGCUAUCAUCGACGGUCUCACUUCGCGACCCAAGAAUGCCUCAAGAGCCGUGUACAUCCAGACGAGUGGAAAUGACGAGCUGGUCAAUUCCGCGCGGGGCUUCGCAGGGAAGAGCACCGAAGAGAAGACUCUCUCAGAUGUAGAUCUGGACGAUGCUGCUCUCCUGAAGCGAAUCCACCCGCAGGCCUACCACCACCAUGUGGAUGGUCCUCUGCUGAAGCGUCUUUUGAACCCUGCAAAGGAGAAGGAGCACAACGUCGUUGGGUCCAUCAUGAUGCCUCCUUUGAUCUACGGUAUCGGUUCAGAACCUUGGAAGCGUCUCUCCAUCCAGACACCCAUGCUCACACAGGCCAUGAUCGACCGCGGGACAGUCGCUCUACCAGAGGCAGGCGAGCACGAGGGCACUUCGGGCCACUGGAAUGCAGUUUGGGUUCACGACCUAGUCGAUGCGUACGUCGCACUCCUCUCGCAUCUCGAAAACCUCCAACCGGGAGAGCAAAAGACUCACAUUGUCUUCCCAGCUGAGAAGAAGCCAUUUGCCUGGAGGGAACACUUCGCCGCCGUCGCUUCGGAGCUAAAGCGUCUUGGACACCCAAGCGCUCAAGGUGAACCUCGCCUACUCAAGACGCGAGACGACUUCUAUGAAUUCAUUGGAGGGAAAGAGAACCCUUAUAGCGAGUGCUUUGCCUUUUUGGUAUGGGGUAAAGAGAACAGCUUUACCUCUCCGGAUCUGCUUGGCAGUCUUGGAUUCGAGCACAAGGCCAAGGGAGUCGUGGACAGUAUUCUCAGUGGCAAGGAGCUGGAGGGGUUCAUCAAAGAGCGCUUGAACAAGUAAGCUGUUAUUCAGGAGGUUUGAAACACUCAGGAGAAGGAGGAGGAGAGAAGCACACAAAAUUGUCUCGGUUGAAAUUCUUUAGAUGACAU